AUGGGUACACCUGUAGAUCCAUCCGUAACAGUGAAGAUUUUCGUCUGGCUUCGACGAGCGGCCAAAGGCCCCGAAAAAACAUUAAAACGUAUACGUGAUGAAUUAAAUGAUAAAUCAAUCACACGUCAAUGGAGAAUUAUUCUUGGUCCACUAUCAUUAUUUGAACACACAACAAAUGAACAUAUUAAAUGGUUUAAUUAUCAAAAACUUAAAUGGAAUAUUCAACAUGAACAACGUCAUCAACCAUCAAUAAUAUCUAAUAAUCCUCAAAUAUCAUCAAAAUAA